UGAAAAAUGAAACACUGCAGUGAACCUCCACCACGAUCGUGUCAGAUUUUGAGAAAAUGGCUAUGGCUACACAAGCUGCCUCACAGGGGAAACAAGUUUUAAGACAUUUUCUCGGUUUAUGUUACCUCAGUAAGAAAGAAAAUGCAAUCAGAGUUAGAAUAGCACAAUUAAAACUGGAUACUUUUCUCAAAAUGUAUUUCAAAGAGUUUGAAUUUGUUUAUGCUCAUGACCCCGAAAAAAAAUGCAAACCAGGAGAUACUGUUUUAAUUCAGCAAUUACCAGAAAAGAUGACACGUUUAAUUACUCAUAGAGUAGUCGAUAUAAUCUAUCCUUUGGGAGAUACAAUUGACCCUAUAUCCGGCAAACCAGUCUAUCUAAACAAAUACAGGGAUGAAGUUGAGAAGGUGAAAGAACUCCUUGGAAAGCAUGACAAAUCUUUCAAUUAUUUUGAAGCACCUCCACGAGGAAGAUUAGAAGGAAUUCGUGAUUUUACAGAUAAAGAAACUUACGUGAAAUAUUAUGAUGAUCCUAAUGAUCCACAACCAUAUGGAUAUUAGUUUAUAUUAGACUUUUGAAUAAAAAUAUUAAAUAGUAAUUA